GCUUUCAAAGUCAUCGAUAAUCGUUGGCAUCACCUACAUAAAAACAAAAAUCUUAAAAGAAUAAAUUAAGGAGCUUUUCAACAGGAUUUACGUUAUUGUUGAUCAAGAGCUGUUGAUUAAUCUAAAACAUGUCAAAUGAGUGCUUUGUGCCCCGGCUGCCGGUGGAUAGCGAGACGAUACAGUUUCAUGAUUGGACUAUCAGCUUUGAGAAGUCGCAUAUCCUAAAAAGCAGCUGUAAGUUAAAACACGGCGAGGUCUGCCCCAAGGAUUCCGCCGACUGCUGCGACCUCUGCCACUAUCAGUACUCCCUGGAGCUGCCCCACCUGCCCGACAUGGUGUUCCACAAAAACCGACUGGUGCUUAAGCACAAGGACGGCGCCGUCCUCGAGUUCCAGCCGAUAGAAGCUUUGGCUUUGGUGGAUAAUGGAAAGCAACCUUUGGAGGUCGCCUGUGCUCAGGAGUGGCGAGAAACCCGACCGGAACAGACAACGGAGCAGAAGUUUAAGCCGUUCGACUGGACAUUCACAUCCACCUACCAGGGCACCAUGAACGAGAAGGUGCGGUCGGAGAUCACGGAUCAGACGCUUAACAAGUUUAAGCUGAUGCAGCGGGAAAGAAUUAUUUUUUAUCAUGAUCUAACCUUGUUCGAGGACGAGUUGCACGACCACGGAAUAUCCGUGAUGAGCGUCAAAAUCCGCGUGAUGCCCUCUGGCUUCUUUAUACUUCUGCGUCAUUUCCUGCGUGUAGAUGACGUGCUCAUCCGUAUGCACGACACGCGCUUUCAUCACGAGAUCGAGAACGAUUAUAUACUGAAAGAGUACAUUCAUCGGGAGGCGCCCUGCACCGAGCUUCAAAACUCGGUAGCCUUUUGGACCAAUCCAGAUGAAAUGCAAAAUUUUCUGCCAGUGAAGACCAAACAAUUGCAGAAGCUCUUCUUUAAAUAACAAUGAUAUUGGCGACGGUUAAAACUUCUGCUAUUAUGCGUGUUUAUUUAUUGCCAACAGUGUGCGCAUGCGCAGACAUUUAAAAGUGAUUUUUCCUAAAAGGCACACUACAAAUAAGGCUAUUAAUACGGUUACAAUAUUGGGCGGACCAGCUGCCAACAUCAAGAAAUCUAGGCGGUUCCAAGUAAUGCAGUCAGGGCCCGUUUAUAAUCACCGGAGGUCUCCGCCUGAAAAAUAUAUUAAUUAAAUAAAAAAAGUUCGAAAUUAUACUUUGUCUAUGCCCAAUUUACACUACAAAAACUAUCUACUUUUGGUUAUAAUAACUGUAAGCCAAUAAUUAGAUUUGGAAAAAUAGCGAAGUUAUAUCAAAAA